AUGCUAGAGGACGUGGCGAUAAUUCUUGGUCUUUCGACGAAUGGUAUGCCAGUUAUAGGAUCGACAUUCAAUAAUUAUGAGGCGUUAGAGGCUGAAUGCUUAGAUAAGUUUGGUGUUGCACCUAGGAAGACAGAGUAUAGAGGAAACUUCAUCAAGUUGACGUGGUUUCGAGGACUGAAAGAUCGUUUAGUGUUGGUUGACGAUAUUCACAUUCAGAGGUACGUGAAGUGUCACAUAAUGUUAUUGUUUGGGACCGUUAUGUUUGGAGAUAAGUCUGGGACAGAGGUACACUGGAAGUUUCUGCCGUUACUCCAUAACUUUGCUGGGAUCAUACAAUUUAGUUGGGGAUCGGCAUGCCUAGCACACAUAUAUAGAGUGUUGUGUAGGAUAACUCGUGUCAACUGCAAGGAGAUUGAUGGUCCACUGACACUUUUACUUACUGGAGCUUGGAUCUGUCUACCAUUUCUUGCGCCGAUUCUUGGCAAUCCUCGACUAUUUCCGAUUGCAAAUAGGUGGCGUAACUGGGAGCAAAUUGGUCACCCUUAUAGAUUUCGUAGUCUUUUUGUUUGGAAGGCAUAUGCAAUUGGUCGCAUUGAUUUAGAUGUGAUUCCUUUUGAAAUCCGACGCAUUCGGUUAUUUGGAGUAUCAUAG